AUGGCGUCGGCGUUAUGGCCAGCUGGGUCAAGAGUUAAUGGCGAUAUAGAUUUCCCCGCUCAAGCCCCGCCGGUAAUUAUUAGCGAUAGGGGCGAUUUAUUGGCGGCGCGGCGGCCGCGGAACGGGCGGCCGAUAAACGAUUUCGCGAGAUCUGCAGCGGCAAGGGGCGACACGAUAAAGCUAUUAGCGGCCGGGGAGGCGCGGAGAAAAACGUAUGACUAUAUUAGGGUGGAAAGGCACGGCGGCGAAGUGACUGAAUUACAGAUUGCCGCGAUAGCGGGACGGACGCAGAUCGCGUGGCCGACACGGGCCCAGGGCUGGUUGGGAGCCGAUGGAAACGUUUUUAAACGGCAGGGCUACGGGCAGCUGUUUAAAUUGAUACAAAGUACC